UUCAUUUAUUACUGUAACACUAAUAAGACGUGAUUUUUAUAUGUAUUUAUAAUAAAUACAACAUGCAUAACAUAACUAAAAUAUUUUACAAAUGAUACAAAUAUGAUUGACUUGUGUCCUUUACACUAUUAGAACUGUUUGUUUACUAUAUUAUUUAUCAUUUCCUGGAAAUAAAAUUAAAUGUUCGUGAAAACAAAGUAUGAAAAUUUAUUAUGACUCAAAUUAUGGGUAGUGAAAAAAAAGGGCUCAUUUUUGAGAUCUUAUCUGCAAAAAUAUCAGAUAAACCAGAGGAAAAAAAAUAUGUGAUUUACACGCUACAAAUCCGAUACAUUUCUACUACUGAUGAUUUAAAUCCUUCAAUAAUAGAUAGAAGAUACACCCACUUUUUGGAUCUGUAUACUUCUUUAAGAAAAGAGCAUCCGAAUCUCAUGAACAAUGUUACGUUUCCAAAAAAAGUAUUAACAGGAAACUUUGAUAACGAACUUAUAUCAGCCAGAAGCACCGGAUUCGAAUCUCUAUUAAAAUUUAUUUCGAACGAAAGCCGCUUAAGAACUUCUUAUGCCUUGCUGAGUUUUCUUCAGGGCGCCGAGCUGGAGCAAGCAAAAGAGUUUUAUAGAAACAAAGAGCCUGCUCUAGCUUAUCCCAUUUUAGAAAACAUCUUCACAUUACUUAACAAGGUUUAUACGGAUAGAUCACCAGCAGUGCUACUUACUUUAAUCCGUUUAGUGGCCUGUGCAGAAGCUACUCCUACUAAUCCUGAUUUAUUGAAAUGGGCUGAUUUGGCGAUACACAGAUACAACGGAGUUAGUGACAGCGAUUUGCUCGAAUUAUACAUACCUCUGCUUCAAACCUGCACGAAACUGUGGUCCCAGAAUGGCAGGGACUCUAGCGAUAUCCAAAAUAGACUCGCCAGUUUGCAGAAGCAGGGCAUGAAAAUGAAUGAAACUGCCUCUAUCAUGGACGUUGUGGACUCUGUUGAAAAAAACAUAUUUGGUUUAUCCGCUUCGUGAUUUUAUAAACAAUUUGAUGACUUGUAAAGAAUGUAAUUUCUGUGAUAAGGUCUUAUAUAUUUUGUACAUGUAGUUAGUUUCAGGUGUAACUUUACAUCAUUAUUUUACACUUUGGUGUUUAAUACUCUAUAUUCAUACUCACCAUAUAGUAACAUAUUUUGUAAUAUAUUUAUACUUGCCUGUAAAUUUUUUGAACCUUAUAUGUUUCUAAUGCAUAUAACCAAAUAACAUUCGUUAUGAUUUAUUCUUUAGCAAGCCCAUAUGGCUGAAAAAGUGUACAAUUUUAACAAAACGUAUAAUAAGUAAGUUUUAUAAUAAACACUUUUAAAUUGUAAAAUAAUUCACACUUUCAAAUUUUCCAGUUCUUUCAACAAAUCCGCCUCUCCUUUAAUUUUUUCGAGUUGAUUGAUUUCCAACGUUUUACCCUCUGCUUGCUGAAGUUUCAGUUUCUCAAUAGCAUCGAGUUUCUAAAAAUCAAACAUAAUUAUAAAUAAUAACAAAAAAUAAGAAAAACGUGUACCUUUUUAAUAUUCUUUAAUUUCUUAUCGACUUCAGGAUCCCCCGUUAACGUUAUUGAAACACUGCUAACAACUGAUGGCCCUUUAUCUUCUUCGCCAUCUUGUUUUUUAGCCUUUUUAGCUUCGCGUUUCUUUUUUUGUUUCAAGCUAGCCUUAGAGAGCGCAUUGUCUUUCCCUAAAACACAAUUACACAGAUUAAAAUGUGUAAAAGUAACAAGAUAAUAUCUUUUUAUACCUGGUUUAUGCGCAGACUCUUCAUCAUCGUGUAAAGUAAAUUUAACUGUAGGACGAUUACGAGCCGAUGGUGGUCUGUACGCCUGCACUGAAGCUUGCGGUUGACUUGGGGCAAUCCCUUCAACUUUUUUUGCUACUAUAGCAGGUUCUUGAAACGUUCCUUUUGCAUAAUUCUAAAGAAAUAAAUACUUAUGUGUACAAGUAUUAUGAAAACUUUGGUUACUACCUUCCAUGCAACGUCGUACAAUUCCUGCGGUUCUUUAAAUGCUUGUUCGAACAAAAGUGCGCCUGAAUAAUGCCAAAUUCUGAACCCGUUGCUAAUUCUCAACCUGGGCGCAGUUGUGGCUGUUAGAAAAUGUUGACCAUCUGCAGCCCAGUGUAGCAUUGUAGUAUCGGGAGCAUCGAGGUUGCUGAUUUUCUUCCAAUUGUUCGUGUCCCACAAUUCAAUAUGUCCUCUCAAAUUUCCGAAACCUCCCAGCAGCAGGAUAUUUCCAUGAGGAUUAUAAUGGAUCGAAUUUUUAGGCCCUGAUCCCAGUUCGAAAACGGGUUCACAUUUUAAAUUAAAAAUGGUCGCUUUUGCCGGCAUAAAACCGUAAACCACGCAAAAUUCGUGGUUUUUAGGCGACCACUCUACGCUGUAAAUUGGACCUUCCUUGCCUAGAACAUAAACGUUUGUAAAACUUAUGAUUUGUAAAGCUAAUCAAAUUUAUUACUCAAGUUAAUAAAUGAAGUUUGCCCGUUCAAUCCAAUGUAAUGCAAGCCUUGCUUUCCGUAAUAAGAACCUCCUGUCUUAUCAACUUCAGUGGAAGUUAAUAUUAAAGCAUUAUUGCCUUUCGCAUUCCAGAUAAACUCAACCUUAUCGGCUUGAAAGAAACUUUUAUUGGCAAUCGAUUGAGUUGCUUCGAAAGAAGGGUAUUUGAAUAGCCUUCCGAAAGAUGGCUGACCUGGAGUGCCAGGAGUGUAACACAAAAUGAAAUAAACUCCAAUAUUGGGGGAUAUUUUGUAUGAAGCUACCUUGAAACUGUUAAUUCUGGCAACAAUUCUUUCAAAGUUUAGAUCUUCGUAAAACACCACGUCUGUGUUUACAAUACGAGAAAAUAAUUUUUCAUCUGCACUC